UGCUGUUCAAAACACAGAGUAGUAAUGUCUUCAACAUAUUGAGUUAAAUCAUAGGGAAAAUACCAAAGUAGCCUUUAUUAAACCGACGCGCACGGCUGACAUGAUUCAAACGUUAAACGGCUUAUGAGAGCAAAGGCACUUAAGUUUCCAGAGAGCUUGAUUUAAUUAGUCUUAUUAAAAUGUACUUUGAAUGUUAAAGAAUACGGACAGUCAACCUAUGAAACCGCUGGUAAACUUGGACCGGUGCUGCAGAUGGGCGGCAUAGGCAGGGAUUUUUAUCUCAAUAUGUUGAAUGGAACAGACGCGCAAAGUUUCGGCAAAGACGCAGAUUUAAACAGCCACCUGCACCGAAACCGGGAGUUAACGGACUUUAAGAUGGGCAUUCAAGACACGAGAUUUUAUUAUCAGGACUCGAUUCAUAACGGACAGGACAAUUUAUCUUUGCCGUUUCACCCUGACCACCACCAAAGUCUCUCCGCCGGAUUCGGAGCGCAGACGGGGAGGUUUUACGCACCGGCUGCUCUCGGCAGCUGUCACUUCAACACCCGGAGCGGGACGGGACAGACUUAUGUUCCGACCGGAGCGGAUGCAUAUUCAACGAACGGUAAAGACGUUUACCCGAGCAGCGCAGACGGUUACCCGGCGCCUUUUCAGCACGGGUACCCACGAACACCCAUGUACUCUAUACCUGGUCUACAGGUGUCGGGGAAGACCCAAGUGCUUCUUAACAACUAUCCGCUAUGGGCAAAGUUCCACAAAUAUCAAACUGAGAUGAUUAUAACGAAACAGGGACGGAGGAUGUUCCCCUUCCUCAGCUUCAACAUCAGCUUGUUGGACCCUGUGGCUCAUUACAACAUAUAUGUCGACGUGAUUCUCGCUGACCAGCACCACUGGAGGUACCAAGGGGGCAAAUGGGUUCAGUGCGGAAAAGCAGAAGGAAACAUGCCAGGAAACAGAAUGUACAUGCACCCAGACUCUCCCAACAUUGGGAAUCACUGGAUGAGACAGGAAGUUUCCUUUGGCAAACUGAAACUCACCAAUAACAAAGGCAGCUCGAACAAUGUAGCACAGAUGAUAGUGCUCCAGUCACUUCAUAAGUAUCAACCGCGUCUACACAUUGUGGAGGUGAAGGAGGAUGGUACGGAAGAACCCUUCCUGACCUCAAAAGCUCAGACGUUUGUGUUUCCAGAGACCCAGUUCAUCGCCGUCACCGCCUAUCAGAAUGCAGAUAUCACUCAGCUGAAAAUAGAUCACAACCCUUUCGCCAAAGGUUUCAGGGACAAUUAUGACACGUUGUACCCACCUGACUCCGACCGCUUUACGCCAUCCCCAACCGAGGGUCAGCAGCUCCUCCCGGGCACCUGUUUCCCCCAACAGCCCUACCUCUCAGACCAGUACAUGAGCCCCCUCCCUCAGAGUCGGUUCUACGGUCGUGAGCCGGUCAGCAUGGCCCAGCAAUGCCCCAAAGACCCCGCCGCAAGCCCUCACAGCCGCUGGUACCUGCCUAGCCAGCAGGGGGUCCCGCCCAAUUUUAACACGUACGAUGGCGAAUACGCUUCAAACAGUCUCUACAAACCCUUCCCUAUUCAGACUUCCUCCCACCACCCGCUGAGCUACUACUCCGAAAGCCCCUUUGCCUCCAGUCCGGUGUCUGGUGCCAGCUCGGGGGCUUGGAGUUCGGGCAGGCCCUCACCGCAGUACCUCAACCACCCCCAUCAUGGGAAACCUGGGUCCAGCCUCAACUGGCUUCGAACCAUCUCCUCUCCAGCUACAAUGUCCUCUCCAUCAGCAACAAACUCACGUUUCCAUCCUUCCCCGUCGUUACUGGAGCCCCAGCGUCAGCCGUUGCUCCAAGACAAGUCCAAAGAGUCGGGGGAGGACCCUUGGAUGGAAGCCCCUUCGGUGAAAUCAGUGGACUCGGGUGACUCAGGUCUGUUCGAAGGAGGGGAGAGCAAGAAGAGGCGGGUAUCGCCGUACACAUCCAGCACUGAGAAUUCCCCUCCAAACCGAGGUGCGGAGGCAUGCGAGAAGGAUAACUGCAGUGACGCGGGCUACUAUGGCUUCUAUACUCACUGAAAAACAGAUUUAUGUGGCAAGCGAGGAAUACAGCCAAUUCGAUUUUUGAAAGCACAAAUGGACCCACCUGUCUGAAAUUUUAUUGACGCAAAACAUGAAAUAGGUUUUGGUCUCAUAAUGGAGAGCAAAGCGCCAACCGAUUCACAGCAUUUUACAAUGUGAAGAGACUCGUGUGUAGGCACCAAACUGGUUCUCUGUAUAGUGCCAGACAUUACAAUAAUCUCUGCUUCAUGUUCGGUGGCCCCUCUGUGCUUUGUGUUUCAUGUGCUAGUUGUCUGGGGUUAAGGUCAUGUGGAGGUGUUCUGAAGGUCACCGUAAGAGCCGAGACGAUGUGACUGCAUUGAGACACUUGCCUGAAGACACACACAGACAGACCUGUGCGACUUCAGACGCAUCAGCAGCUAAAGAUUUCACAGCACACCUGCUGACACUCCCCCAAAGGAACUGUCUCGUCCCCCUCAUCAAACGCAGACACGAAAACACCUCGCAAAACCCACGCAUCACUCUUUCACACGUACACGCAAACAUACGAUCAAAUAGAUUUCGGCACAUUUCUCAUCUGCCCUUAAAGCGACCGUUCACCCCAAAAAUUAAGACUCCAAUGUAGUGUUAUGUCGUUCAAAAACCGUGUGACUGACUUUAAUAUAUUUACGCUGAAUGUCCAAACUGCAUCUAUAAAAUAAUAGUGGAUUUGGACUAGCAGUGGUCACUAUUCACUUCCAUUGUAAGUAAGCAGCUUUUCGAGCUCCAUACAAUGGAAGUCAAUGGGCUCCAAUGUUAUUUGGUUUCCAGCGUUUUUCAAAAUAUCUUCUUUUGUUUUCUGCAGAAGAAAUACAAGUUUGGAAUGACAUGAAAGUAAGUAAAUAAUGAAAGAAUGUUCAGUUUUUGGUAAACUGUCCCUUACACAAUCUAUAUUUUAGCACGAUCAAUGCACAAAGCCUAGACCACUCAGACAACACAUGCUGAAAUAAAAUAGCCACGGUGUCUAAAACAGCAUGGCUCUAUGCACCAGCUGCGAUUCUAUCUUUUAAUAGACAGACAUAUUAUGGUUAAAGGAGGUCAAACGUUAGACUACAUAUACUCUAUUUAGUUUAAAGAACAGAGUUCACAAUAAAGUACUUAUGUCUUUUGCAUCAGUCCUCUUGUAUGUUCAAGCACAUAAAACUGCACAACACUUCACAAGAGCGAUAAAGACAAAAAAAAGUACAAACUGAAAGAAAGUUAAAGGUUAAUAAGUCAGAGAGGACAUUAGUGUGCAGACUAGAGUGCGACUUGUUUUUUUAUAGUUUAACAAAUGUCACCACAUAAAACUAAACUCUUUUAUACCAUAAACUAAGAUAACAGGAUAAAAGAACUUAAACAUACAAAAAUUCAUAAUCUGAAUAUUGAUUCAUUUUA